CAAGAUGCGUGUGCUGAAUAAACGAUUCCACGUUUGUUGAUACUAUGUAAACUCUGUUUCUGUAAUCUAGACUUACAUAUCCAUACGGUUUAUUCAUACAUCGUAGAAAAAUGUCUAAUUACCAAUUAUAUAGGAAUACCACAUUGGGGCACACGUUGCAAGAAAGUCUCGAUGAAUUGAUUCAGUAUGGACAAAUUACACAACAGCUUUCGCUAAAAGUAUUGUUACAAUUUGAUAAAUCUAUUAAUCAAGCUCUUGCAUCAAGAGUUAAAUCCAGACUGACAUUCAAGGCUGGAAAAUUAAAUACAUAUAGAUUUUGUGAUAAUGUAUGGACUUUUAUGUUGAAUGAUGUUGAAUUUCGUGAAGUUCAGGAGGUUGCAAUAGUUGAUAAAGUAAAAAUUGUCGCUUGUGAUGGGAAAACAUUGGAUGCAGAUGGAGCAGCAAAACGAUAACAAAUGCUAUAGUUUGCAGCAUUUUUAUCAUAGCAUAAUAUUAAUAAUUAUUAUCAAGCAUAAUAUUAAGUUUUCAUUAUACCAGAGCAACCAAAAUAUAAUUAAUAUA